AUGGGGAGGUCGAGCAAUAUUUCUGUCGUUGUUCUCUCUCCCUCGCCUCAUAUCACCCCCUUCAAGUCCUUUAACAACGACCUCUUCGACCGAACCAUUGACACCAUCCCCUCCGAAGAAGCAAGCCUCCAAGGUUCCCAUGCGGAAGGCCAAGCUAUGGAUGCUUCCACUACGCCUAGUUUAUUUGGGAAUGGCAGCUUGCACGACUCGCUGGCUCUUUCUCCUCGCCGUGCACGAAGCACCGAAACUAAGUCUUCGUGUUUCCCUACUCGCUAA